GAGGAGGAAUUUCCAAGAUUGGACUCCUCGCUCCUUCUCGCCUUGUUUUGCUUUCGAUCUGGCGUCAGGACUAAUCCCCGCCAAAUACAGAGGAGGAAUAACUUUUAGUUUUGCUCCCGCGAUUUAUUCCGUCGCCGGUUUUCCUUUCCAUUUUGCGUCUCUUGGCAACCGUGACAACCUUGAGGAAUUACAUAAAUACCGGGAAACACAUAAUUGAGCAAACAAUGCCUGUGGAAAGAAUGCGAAUGCGGCCAUGGCUAGAGGAACAAAUAAAUUCAAACAAAAUCCCAGGGCUGAAAUGGCUAAAUGAGGAAAAGAAGAUUUUUCAGAUUCCUUGGAUGCAUGCCGCACGUCAUGGGUGGGAUGUUGAGAAAGAUGCUCCUUUAUUUCGGAAUUGGGCCAUUCACACUGGAAAGUACCAGCCAGGAGUCGAUAAAGCAGAUCCAAAAACAUGGAAGGCCAAUUUUCGAUGUGCGAUGAACUCCUUGCCAGAUAUAGAAGAAGUUAAAGACAAAAGCAUCAAGAAAGGCAAUAAUGCUUUCAGAGUGUAUCGGAUGUUGCCGUUAUCCGAGAGGCCUUCUAAGAAAGGAAAGAAACCCAAGUCUGACAAGGAAGAUAAAAUUAAACAAAUUAAGCAAGAACCAGAGGAGUGCUCUUAUCAGCUGAGUAAUGGAACAAGUCCAGAAUUUUCUAAUUACUGCUUGUCUUCUGCAAUAAAAACUGAAGUCGACAGUACAAUAAACAUUGUAGUUGUAGGAGAAUCACACUUUGAGGUUGGUUCUGGGGAUCACAUGAUAGUUCCCAAUCCUCCAGAUAUUUGCCAAGUAGUAGAGGUAACAACAGAAUGUGAUGACCAGCCCAGCUCCAUGAGUCAAUUAUAUCCACUACAGAUCUCUCCUGUCUCCUAUGCAGCAGAAAGUGAAACAACAGAUAGUAUGCCAAGUGAUGAAGAAAAGGCACAAAGUCAACUUCAGUGGGAAAAGAAAAACAUCGGUGGGAAACAAUAUUAUAGCAAUUUGGGCACAAGGAAUCCACCUUACCCACUUCCUAGUAUGGCCACCUUUGUGACUUCUAACCAACCUGACCUCCAGGUGACCAUCAAAGAAGAAAGCUGUCCUUUGCCUUAUAGCAGCUCAUGGCCUUCUUUUCCAGAUCACCCUCUCCAACAAAUAGUUUGCUCAGCUUCUACCAGCUAUACUAGCAGACCUCCAGAUCAUGAAAAUCGGGCAAGUGUCAUCAAGAAAACCUCAGAUAUCACCCAGUCAAGAGUCAAGAGCAGCUAAGCCAUUCACUGAUAUGUUCCUGGCAGAUGGUAUCUUAUGGCUUUGAGGAGCAUAUCUAGUGAAUGCUCUACAAAUUUAAAGAAAACCUGGAUAGUACAGGAUAUGACUGUGUUCAACUCCAGCAUUGGAGCAUCUUAAACUCAGGACUCUGAUCAUCAGAAUGUCGGAGUUCCAAGAUUACAGCCCAGGGAAUGGAGGUUCACUUGGAAAUGUAUCGCCAAGCUUCAUCAAGCAUCCCUCCCAACAAUCCCUCCAAACAGAAGCACUUCACUUCUUGCAGCCACCCUAAUGAACUCCAAACCUUUGGAAUGAAAGAGAAAAUGUGAACUCGCUGGAUUUUUUUUUCUGCAGAAUCUAUUGUUAAUAUGUACAUAAUGCAGCACUAGCAAUAUUGCAGUCUGCUUUCGCACCUUAUUAAAAAAAAUAGCACUUGCAAAAAAGGCCUUUUAUUAAUUAAUGGCACAUUUAAAGCUCCAGGUUUGAUCUCUCCGAAGGCUUUUCUGACAUAUGUAGCCUUAGAAUCUGGAAAUAUGAAUUAAAAAGGAAGGUAAAACCUCCCAUGUACAUUUCACAGAUUGUUCUGAAGAGUGCUUGUCUUAUUUGUGUCUAAUCUGCUAUGCUUGAAAUCUGUGUGGUACAAUAGAAGAAAAUCUAUUACAGAUAUAUUAUGCAAAUUCCUAGGUUUUAAAGAAAAAAUUACCCUAAUUCUAACCAGAGUAAACUUUUUUAUUUUUUUAUACAGUGGAAUAUUUUAUUCAAAGUAAAAUUCUAAAGUGAAUAUAAUUGUUUCAAGUUUUUUAUCUUUUCUACAGCAAAUUUAUAAUUUUACAAUUUAGUGUUUGGUUGUCAACAACUAUCACGUCUUUAUGGCACAUUUCUUUUUUUCAUUUUCUUCCUCUCUUGCUCUUUCUCUUUUUCUCUCCUUUUUACAAUUUGUAAAGGUGAAAUAAUGAGUUUUAUGUAGCAAUCAAAGUAUCCUGUGGAUUGAUAAUAAAUAUUACA